CGGCCAAAAGAUGGAUCUUUAGAUCUUUUCAUCAUUUUGCUUUUGGCCUCUCAUUUCUUCUAAACGUACGUAGCCCCUCAUUUUUAGUAACACAAAACCAAAACCUGGAUAAAGGACUAGCUAGUCUAACUAUGGCGGAGAGUAGUCCUACUAGUGAAGCCAAAAAGCUAAAGAUGGCAUCCAUUCGAGAUCGUCUAAAGCCCGACACUCUGCUCAAGAUCAGCUUUGAUAAUGACGGCGACGACAAAAACGAACAGGCUCCUCGUUUUCUCGUUGCGUACUGGUCCAUUCGAGGUCUGGGUGCCCCAAUUCGAGCCAUGCUCCAUGCAGCGCAAGUCAAUCAUGAGGUCGCCUUGUAUGACUUGACCGAUGCCCCGGAUGCCGAUUCCGGCUUUGAAAUGAAAUCCUACGCUGCGGAUAAAAAAUGGCUCCGCGAAGAAUACAAUGGCUUUAUGAAUCUACCGUUUCUCAUCGAUUCUUCUUCCAAUCUAGUCAUUGCGCAAACCAAUGCCAUCUUUAACCACCUGGGUCGAGAAUUGAACAUGAUGGGCAACAAGGAUGAUGUGGCGGAACAGGCGAAAAUUGACGAAAUGCUCUGUGAAGUCAUGGAUCUACGCAACAAGCUCAUCCAAUUCUCCUACCACUCGGAUGGGAGCAAAGACGAGGCUCUCGAGUUGUGGAAUCGGGCCAAGGCACACUUUCACAAGUUUGAAGCGCAUCUGGCCAAGCAAUACCCGGACUACUUCCAAAAGAUGCAACCCAAAGAGGAGAAUGGUCCCAAGAAGAAGACCAGUGAACAAGCCAAAGAAGGGAUUGCGCAUUUGAUUCCAGGGUCGUUUACAGCCCCUGACUUUCAUCUGUGGGAAAUGUUGGACCAAUAUGAAGGGCUCUGCCGUACCUUUGGAAUUCCACUCUGGGCCAAAGAGGGAAAAGAGCAAACUACAGCGGUCAAUUUUCAAAGUCGUCCCGAUGUCAAACCGGAGGAUCGACUCUUUCCUCACCUGGAAGAGUUUCGCAACAGCUUCAUGAUGCUACCAGAACUGGCAAACUAUGCGGAUUCCUACUUGCACAAGGAAAUUCCACUCAAUAAUUGCAUGGCCAAGUUUGCUUCGUGCUAUCAAGACUUUCGCCAGUACCAGCGCGGACAAGAAGCACCUUGGCGUGCAAAAGGAGUGGUGGAAAUUCGAUACAAAAAAGUGUAGGGUACCAGCCAGAAAGAUGUGUAGCUAGCUUCUUGGAUAAGGUAGAUUGAAUCAUUCUAGGAACCAUACCGGUAGGGUCAGAAGACAAAGCUAGUUACUCUAGCUAGUUGCUUUCUACAUCCCGGACCUCAUUGCUCCGCCUUCAGUAGGAGCCAAAAGAUCCAGCCAGCCAAACAAGGAAACUCGACCUCUCGACUAGACUAGUGCAGCUGCGUCAUGAGGAGACAUGAGAAUGGCUCAAUGACGGUAAAAAGCAAGCUGCCAGCUCAGGUUGCCCAGAUGCCUAGAUUGACAGCAAAACCGGCACAUACCGGUGCCGAAAGUUUGCAAUCAUGAUCUACCG